CCACCAUGCCUGAGACCUUCGUCAAGCAGUUCGACACCCCCGCCUUUAAGGGCGAGGUUAGCUGCCCCCUGGGCCUCUACAUCAACGGCAAGUUCGUUGACGGCUCGAACAACACCACCAUCGAUGUCAUUAACCCGUCGAACGGGAAGCUCAUCACCAAGAUCAGCGAGGGCACGCCCAAGGACCUCGAUCUCGCCGUCGAGGCCGCGCAGAAGGCGUUCGACACCACCUGGGGUCUCCACACCACCGGUGUCCAGCGCUCGCGCCUCCUGAACAAGCUCGGCGACUUGAUGGACAAGCACGCGGACAACCUCGCUGCGCUCGAGGCCCUUGACAACGGCAAGACGUUCAGCUGGGCGCGGAAGACCGACAUCGACCACUCGAUCCGCUGCAUCCGCUACUACGCCGGCUGGGCGGACAAGAUCCACGGCCAGACGAUCGAGACGUCCGAGGCCAAGCUCACGUACACCCGCCACGAGCCCAUCGGCGUCGUCGCCCAGAUCAUCCCCUGGAACUUCCCUCUGCAAAUGAUGGCAUGGAAGAUCGGUCCCGCGCUCGCGACCGGCUGCACGGUUAUCCUCAAGCCCUCGGAGUUCACGCCCCUGACCGCGCUCUACAUGGCGAAGCUCGUCGACGAGGCCGGUUUCCCUGCGGGUACCUUCAACCUCGUCAACGGCUACGGCGCGACCGUUGGUCAGGCGAUGGCGGACCACCACGGGAUCGAGAAGAUCGCCUUCACCGGCAGCACGCUCGUUGGCCGCAAGAUCAUGGAGGCCGCGGCCAAGUCGAACCUGAAGAAGGUCACGCUCGAGCUUGGCGGCAAGAGCCCGAGUAUCGUCUUCGACGACGCCGACCUCCAGCAGGCCGUCCAGUGGGCCGCCUUCGGUAUCUACUACAACCACGGCCAGUGCUGCUGUGCGGGAUCGCGUAUCUUCGUGCACGAGAAGAUCUACGACGAGUUCCUCACCCGCUUCACCGACUACGUCAAGACCCUCAAGGUCGGCGACCCCUUCGACCCCGACGCGUUCCAGGGCCCCCAGGUCUCGCAGCAGCAAUAUGAUCGCAUCAUGGGCUACAUCGAGUCGGGCAAGAAGGAGGGUGCGACGGUCCACUACGGGGGCGAGCGGAUCGGCGAGGAGGGCUACUACAUCCGGCCGACGAUCUUCACGGAGACGAAGCCGCACAUGAAGAUCGUCCAGGAGGAGAUCUUCGGCCCCGUGUGCGUGGUCGUCAAGUUCAAGGACGACGACGACAUCGUCGCCCAGGCGAACGACACCAUCUACGGUCUCGCCGCGUCGGUAUACUCCCAGAACGUCACCCGCGCGCUCUCGACCGCGCACAAGAUCCGCGCGGGCACCGUCUGGGUCAACACCGCGAACAUGCUCUACCCGCAGGUCCCCUUCGGCGGCUACAAGCAGUCCGGUAUCGGUCGCGAGCUGGGCUCGUAUGCUCUGGAGAACUACACCGCCGUCAAGUCUGUGCAGGUCAACCUUCACCUCAGCCUCUCAUGAGCGUCUGGUCUCGGUUCGAAAUCGAAGUCUCUACGCGCGCCUCUGUAAUAUGGUAUUGCCGUCUGUACAUGUUGUAUUCAUAGUUCACUUGCAAACAAGGGCGUUUUCCUGGUCAAACGUAA